UGCAUCAACAGGCAGACUCUCAACCACUGCGCCACCAGGGAAGCCCCAAGGAUUCACAGGACUCAGCAUAUAGUUGGACUCAUGGCUAUGACAUAUUACACUAAAGGAUACAAAGGGAAAACACAUGGGGCGAUGUCUGGAGGAAUCCAGGCUUAAGCUUCCAAGAGUUCUCAGUGGAAACACACAGGAGAAGCUUAAUUCCUGCAGCAACAAAUUGUGACAACAUAUGUUAAAUGUUGUCUACCAAGCCAUUCAGAAAGGCAAUACAGAAGUUGCAAGACAUGCUGAAAAUGCAAUCCGCCAGAAGAACCAAACAAUUAAUUUCUUGAGAAUGAGUGCUAGGGUUGAUGCUGUGGCAGCCAGAGUUCAAACUGCAGUUACAAUGGGCAAGGUAACCAAGUCCAUGGCAAAUGUAGUUAAGUCUAUGGAUGUUACAUUGAGGAGUAUGAACCUUGAAAAGAUUUCUGCCCUGAUGGACAAAUUUGAACAGCAGUUUGAAACACUGGAUGUUCAAACGCAACAAAUGGAAGACACAAUGAGUAGUACUACAACCCUAACAACACCACAAAACCAGGUGGAUAUGCUGCUUCAAGAAAUGGCAGAUGAAGCUGGAGAUAAGUUUGAGGAGAAAGGAAAUGGAAUAUACAAUGUCUAUCCUCAAGAGAGUAAAGAUAAAUUGUUUAGAUCUUCACUUGAUAAACUCUUCCUGGACACCUUGGCCUGCAAUUCUCAGAGUAUGAGGUGAAUGGGGUAAAGAAGACAGCAAGGAAUUCUACAAACAAAGAAGAUUUUCAACAAUUGCCUAAUCUCCCUUAGUCAUUAGUUGCAGAACAAGAAGUUUAAUCCAGGUUAUCCAAAUCCCAGUCCAGUGCUUGUCCCCAGUUGUCUUCAGAGAAGCACAUCCAAAAGACAGGUGGUGAAAAAAGACAAAGGAGUGUUGGAGAGACAGUAGAUAACAAAUUAGGUUUAGUGUUUGUAAUAGCUAUAUUUAUUAAACAAAAACAAAACAGGAGAAAACCCUAACCUACCCUCUGCCACCAAGAGGUUGAUGCCUCCAGUUGGCUGUCUAUGUGCUGUCUUGUACAGAUAUAGGGAAAAAUGGCUAGAAGGGUCUCAGACAAGGAGAUGGUUGACAGGAUGGAAUGACUGUCAGAGCAUGCACUGGAGGCCAAGGUCAGUUCAUAUAGAAACUAUAAUUAAAAUGCUAACAAUAGUUGGUAUUUACUGAAGGUCUUCUGUGUGUUCUUUUCUUACGUAUAUACUCUCUAAAACUCAACCCAAGGUAAAUCCUAUACUUAUCCAUAGUGUAUGGACAUAAAAUUUAAGUCCCAGAAAGGUAAGAGAAUUGCUUAAGCUCACAUAGGUAGUAAGUUAAAGAGCUGGGGUUCCAGACCCAGAUGUAAUUGGUUUUAUGGGUAGCAUAUUAUUUUUUAUUUCUAUAUUGAAUAUAUGAAUAUUUUUUAGUUCUAUAUUGAAUAUAUGAAUAUUCCUUGGAAAAAUUAAUAUAUUUUCAUAUAAGAAUAAACUACUUUCUCAGUCUCUGUCUUAA